GUGGCUGGGAAAGAAGGGGUAACUGCAUCAUUCUCAAGCACACCUCCAGUAUUCCCCGUGUGUCCGCCGUGGGUGUUCCUAGUAACUGGCUGUGCUAGCCACACCUGUCACCUGCUACACUUGUUUAAGUCUUCCACACCUGCCAUACCCCGGGCAACACUCGCUCUCUCGCUGGACGCGAGAACGGGUAUCACCAUUAGCCUCCACACGUUCGUCUGCCUCAGCGGUGGGCAACAAAGUACCCAGAUGCCCAGUUAAAAAAAAUAAGUGAUACGGGAAUUAUAUAUUUAUGAAGCAGUGUGGACGAAUCUGACUCCUUAAAAUGGUGCUGCGCGAUGAGAACCAAUCAAAACUUUGCUUCGACAACCCUCUAUACGGGGAGGGAGAAGCAGCGAAACAAGCACCUUCGUCCAAGAAGGAGCUGCAGGUGUCCAAGAGCGUCAACUUCCUUGACAGCAAAUCUUCCAAGUUGGAGGUAGACAAGAGAGCCUCGAAUAUCAGCUAUGCAGGGUUUCAGUCGUUCUUCUCGGAGGGGCAGUCUUCAGGCGCCAAGCGGCCUUCGUCGAGCCUCAUGCCUGCCGCCUCACUCUCUCCGGACUGCGACAUCGAGGAACACAUCAUUGAGAACAUCAGAAAUCGUGACUUCUGGUCCAGAAGAUCGCGAAGUAACCCCUUUGUGCGGGCACGAGCUUCUUCUCGAGUCUCGAAGCGUACUUCGACAGCCUCCCAUCUUCAAGUGCCCCACAGGGGCACUCCUGAGGGCGAAGAUGAGGAGCGGCCUCUCUCCCUGGUCGCAGUGCCACCAGAAGCCCUGGAGGAAAGCCAAGACGAGGAGGACGAGGAAGCAACCAUCGCUUCAGAAAUGAUGCUGGAGGUUCAGAGAGAGGCGAAGCUCCGGGAGAACAUCGUUUGGAUGCGGAAUUACCUGUGGGAUGUGUCUGAGGCGGACGGAGGCAUGUUCUCUCUGUCCUCCUUCGUUACUGCAAUGCGUAACAAGGAGCUGCUACAACGUGUGUUCUCCCUGUGGGACGUGCAGGGCGACGGUGUCCUUCUGCAGGAGGAGUGGGUCGACCACCUCAAGUGUUCCACCAGGGAGGUUGGAGCGAGGGAGUGGGCGGAGCUGCUGGAGGUGUUGGCCUACGUGGUAUGUGGAGAGGACCAGGAGGUCACUGAAGACCUCUUUACCACCAUCCUUAAUUCCAGAGGGGUGUUGGAGAAGUUAUUUCGUCUCAUCAACAAGGAGAGUGAUGGUCUUGUGAGUCGACAAGAGAUCAUGGACUUCCUCGCUAACCUCACUUAUGCCCGUCCACGGACGGGGUUCACUCGGGAGAACCUAGAAUGGCUCGAACAGCUCUUCCGCCAGGCUCUUGGACACAAACAGGAGCUCUCCUUCGAUGACUUCAAGAAGAUCGUCCACUCUCGCAACUCGUUCUUCGCUGAGCGAGUCUUCCAGAUCUUCGAUCGAGACAACAGCGGCACGGUGUCGCUCUCAGAGUUCAUCGAUGCCAUGCACCAGUUCGCAGGGAAGUCACCGAACGACAAGAUAAAGUUUCUCUUCAGGGUCUACGAUCUAGAUGGUGACGGACUGAUCCAGCAGAGUGAACUGCAGAAGGUGAUGAAGGCGUGUAUGGAGGAGAAUGGUAUGAAAUUCAGCGACGAGCAAAUAGAGGACCUGACGCUGGCCAUGUUUGAGGACGCUGACACCCAAAACACUGGAGCCAUCACCUACGAGUCCCUGAAGGCUCAGCUGGAGAAGCACGAUGGUCUCCUUGAGAACCUCUCUAUCAGCAUCGACCGGUGGCUGGUACCUCCGGAUCUAGGUACCAAGAGGGAGACCUUCCUGGAGAAGGUGUCCAAGCUGAGGCCCUACCAAAUGUCGUUGCCCUACGUCAAGAACAACUACGUCUACAUCAUCUUCCUGCUGCUCUACAUCGGUGUCAACUUAGGUCUCUUCAUCUCCCGUGCCAUUGAGUACAAGGCGCACAACGGCCUCACCAUAGUGGCCCGGGCCUGUGGUCAGUGUCUGAACUUCAACUGUAUGUUCGUGUUGGUUCUGAUGUUGCGUCAGUGCAUCACGUACCUUCGGUCCAUGGGAGCCGCGGCGUUCCUGCCCCUGGACCAACACAUGUACCUGCACAAGCUGUGUGGCUGGCUUAUCUUCAUUUACUCUGUCGUUCACACCAUCAUGCAUCUCAUCAACUUCGCUGUGUAUAUCGUGCCUGACAUCUAUGGGAUAAACAGCGAGGCGUGGACCCUGGGAGAGUGGAUCCUGACCAUGAAGCCUGGACAAUUCGGCCUGGUGAAGGGCAUCGCUAACCCGACUGGCGUGGCGCUUAUGGUCAUCCUCACCAUCAUGGUGAUCUGCUCUCUUCCUUUCGUCAGAAAAUCUGGAUAUUUUGAGGUGUUCUACUGGACUCACCUGUUGUAUGUGGCCUUCUGGGUGCUGACCCUCCUUCACGGCCCAAACUUCUGGAAGUGGUUCGUGGCACCAGGUAUCAUCUUCGUCAUUGAGCGCAUCCAUCGCACCAUCAGGAUGAGGAUCAGCUCCGGCAAGGCCUACAUCAGCUCUGGGGUGUUACUGCCCUCCAAAGUGAUCCACUUGGUUAUCAAGAGGCCACCCCAGUUCCACUUCCACCCUGGUGACUACGUCUUCAUCAGUAUCCCCGAGAUAGCCAAAUAUGAGUGGCAUCCCUUCACCAUCUCCUCCGCACCAGAACAAGAGGACGUGGUGUGGCUUCACAUCAGAGCUGUGGGACAGUGGACCAACAGACUCUACGCUUACUUCGAGCAUGAACAAGAACGCUUUGACCGCCAGAUGUGCGAGCUGGUCGCCCACUCUGUCGACACAAGCACCGCUCUAGCACUCGACCCCACUCCUCUCAACACGAUGGUGAGCGACGGACGCAGGGCACUGACCAACACACCCACCUCGGGCAACACUUCCGCCGGGCCAGAAGCACUACUGGAGAAUGGCAUGACCAACCUGGCCUUCGAGCUUGAUAGCAGUGGGAAUAAGGCCGCUCACAAGGUUUCCCCAGGAGCAACUGGAACCAACGACGACACCCAGGCUGGCACCAAGACGAAAUCAACAUCACGAGCAAGACUUGGGACGAAGAACCAGUCGUCUCCAAGCUUCACUUUGGCAUCAAGAGUGUGCAGGAAGAAGCUGGUUAAGACGAGCUCCGUGCCUGACUUCAACAAGAGAAUGAAGAAGCGAGAGAAAAACAUGAUCCUGCGUGACAACUUUAGAGCCGCCUCUGAGAGAAGGUUCGAAGAUAGCCUAAUGAAGCAGGCUCACCUAGCCGCUAUGACCGCCAACUUGCCCUUCCACGAGCGACCCAAGUCCUCAGCUGCUAUGAGUUUCAGAUACAUGAGGCGUAAGCCAACAAUAAUAACACUAGACUUGCCCUCUGAAACUGAUGAUAACGAUAGUGAAGAAGAGAAUGGGGAAGAGGAAGAGGUAGAGCACAGAGGAGAAAGGGAACGCAAGAAAGAAGUGAGGGUGACCAUCUUGGAAAGUGGUUUGAGCUCUGCGACAGACAUUCACGAUUUGUCAGCCCUGGCAGCGGAGGAGGGUCGAUUAGGCCGGAAGUUCAACCUUGAGGAGGCGAGGAAGAAGUCAAGGCAGGAGGAGGCGAAGCUGAAGAGGAGGUCGAGGCAGGAAGAACGUCGAGUGAGGAAGAUAAGCAGGAUGGAGGAAGCCAUAGCCGAGGGAGGAUGUGCCGUGGGCAAGCCAUUAGUGAUCUACAUCGAUGGGCCAUUCGGAACUCCCUCCAGCCACAUCUUCCAGGCUCAACAUGCUGUGCUCAUUGCCACAGGGAUAGGUGUUACACCCUUCGCUUCUAUCCUCCAGUCCAUCAUGCACAAGUACUGGAAGGCUCGUCACACUUGUCCCAAGUGUGCCUAUUCCUGGACUUCUGACCUCCCUCAUUCAGUCAUGAACCUUCGCAAGGUGGACUUCUUCUGGAUUAACAGAGACCAGCGUUCAUUUGAGUGGUUUGUGAACCUGUUGUCCCAGCUGGAAAUAGAGCAGGCUGAGCAUGGGGGAGUGCUUGACAGAUUCCUGGAUAUGCACAUGUAUAUCACCUCAGCUCUCCAGAAGACAGACAUGAAGGCUGUGGGACUACAGCUGGCUCUUGACCUCCUCCAUGAGAAGGAGAAAAGAGACCUUAUCACUGGCCUCAAGACACGUACUAAUGCUGGAAGACCAAACUGGGAUAAGGUUUUCAAGCAGCUGGAGAAUCAGAGGAAAGGAAAGAUUACAGUGUUCUACUGUGGCCCACCUGCUCUUGGGCGUAGCCUUCGCUACAAGUGUGAUGAAUAUGGUUUUGAUUUCCGCAAAGAAAUCUUCUAACCAGAAAUUCUCGGCCCCUUGUGGUGCAGCACUUUGUGAUCAUGAUUUCUGGCAAAAACAAGACUGCAUUAUUGUUUGUCAUACUUCUCAGUAAUAACUAGCUGCAAAGGGUAAUUCUAUUAAUUUUUGUUUGACUAGCAGGCUCAUGUCGGUAAUUCCUUGUACUCGCCUUUCAUGUACUGCACCACUACUAAAGAGCAAAAAAUACACACACACUGAGACAGGAACCAGUGUAGUGAAGGGGUGUCUUGCACCGUUGUAGGAAAUUGAUAUCGAGUGGUGCUCUGCAAUGUUGGGUUUCACAAACAACCUGGAGCCUAAACUGCAUACAUAAUGUUUGUCCACUUGAGCCAAGUAUAAUCCAAGCAAGAAAUAAUGUAUGUCAAUGUUACUGUGUAUAUAAACAAAAAAAUCAUAUUUUUUAAGAAAGUUGCAUUUUAUAAUGUUUUAAGCAAAAUAUAUACAGAAUACCUUAAGGAUGAGUGAAUCAGUUUCAAUAAAGAAUAGUUUAAAAAUUUAAUUGUGAUUGCAAAUAUGUACUGUAUUAGAGUGGUAAAGUUGAGCAUGUGGCAGAAUAUUAGGUGAAAUGACACAGAUGCAACUAAUGUGACAUGGAAUUGUGGCAACAUUUCACUCUCAAUGAGCUUCUGGAGAGCGAAACGUGGCCACAAUAAAAUGUUGCAUUAGUUGCAUCUGCGUCCUUUCACCUAACAUUUUGUCAGUACACGUAAUUCUAACCCCCCCUUCCCCACGUGAUAAAAGCUUGCCAGCUGGUGCAUUACAGUAAGUGAUAAUGUUGUGCACUCAUACUGCAAAGUUUUUUUGACAUUUAUACUUGUGGUUUGCAAUUUUUAGUUAAGCUGAUUUAAAUAGUGUACAUAGUUUUUAAUCUAAUUAGUAUGUAAAAUAUUCUUAUAUAUCAAAUGUGUGCGACUCAAUGGUUCUAUAUUGACUCAAGAAAUCGUAAUGACACGAUUGCAAACAAACCAUACCCCCGGCCGGGAUUGAACCCGCGGUCAUAGAGUUUUGAGACUCUAUGACCGCGGGUUCAAUCCCGGCCGGGGGUAUGGUAUGGUUCUAUAUUCUUUGAACUAGAUAGACUUGGCCCAGCACUUUAAAGUAUUUUAUAUGGUGCUUCACUAUAAGUGAUAGAAAAAACUGAUCUUGUGGAUAAGGGAAUACCUUAGACUUGGAGAUUAGUAAAGUAUCCAGCAUUUCAUUGCUUCUGUUGUGAUGGUGGCAGCAGCAGUCAUCAUAGCCAAAGUCAGAAGCAGAGAUGUGAUCCAUGUAAACGAAUCUGUGAGCUCAUGUGCUUUCAGCACAGAAAUGAAGCCCACGAAAUAUCAAGCAAGUUAAAAGCUAAAUAAAUAACUGGUUUUCAGUUAAAAUUACCAUAGUCCCAGAGCUAAGGAAACUGCAGACCCUGGAACUGAACCUUCUGUUAGCAUAAUCAUGGGAGGUAAUAAUGUUUUCUCCAAGGAAGUAAGUAGUAGCUUAUUGAGCCAUGGUAAAAAGCCAAAAUCGAGAAAUAUUAAGUGAUUAAUUUAAAUACUGUAGUUAGCACCGUAUACUAACUCAUUCCCUUUCAAAUUACAAUUCUUAAAAUUAUUUUCAACUUCCUUUCCACAAUGCUGCAUUUCUGACUUUGUGGUUGACUUGACUUGUCUGCAUCGACACAUUUAUUAUUGUACAGUACCACAACAAUUUCUCUGUAAAUGUUGGCUAGGUUGUUUUUGUAUAUCACUGACAUUUACAUAUGUAAUCAAUGUAAAGAUACUUGCAUAGUAUGCUAUAUAUAUAUAUAUAUACACGCACAUACACAUGCCUCGAUAAAUUUUUAAUUGAUAUUCUAAAGGUUUACCAAGUCAAACAGGCCAUUUCCAGUAUUUACCAAACACUGAAAUGACCUAAAGGUUUAGUGCUUUUCAGUGUUAAGAUGCAAUAUGCCACAAUACUGGAAGUAGCAUUGAUAUUUGUGUACUUUGUUGUUGAUAUUGUAUAUAGAAGAGAAUGAUCUGAAUACAUAUGUAUCAGUUAUAUUUUAA